AUGGCGGAUCAGAAGAUGGAGAUUGAUGUGGAUGAGAAAAGAGAGAUUGAUCUGAACAAGGAGUUUGAUCCAAUUGAGAAAAUUGUUUCAUUGGAGCGCGAAAAUGAUUUGCUGUUGAGGAAAGUUGAAAAUUUAGAAGCGACUCAAAAAGUUGAAAUAGAGGUCAAGGAAACGGAAAUUAGGGCCCUAAAGCAGAAACUUGAGGAGCAAGAGAAAAGGUGGAAAAACAGGCAGGAUUUUUUUGCAUGGCGAAGUAUGAGUUGGCGAAAAGGUAGAGUUAAAGAGUUGCUUGAUAAAAUCUCGGAAUUGGAGAACAAGUUGAAGAGUAUGGAGGACGCGAUUUCCCAGAAGGUUGUUGAUGAGAACGAACAAGUUGGUGGAUCUUCUCGUGUAAAACUAGAGGAUUGA